GGCCGCGGGGAGCCUUUGAACAGUUCUGUGGUGAGCGGCUCCGCUCCCGGGUGGGGCUGGCCCGGCCCGACACCCCGGUGGGGCUGGGGUGUGGCCGGAGACCUCCCCCAGCCGCGGGGUGAGGCCCUCCAGCCGCGGGAUUUGGAAGCAUGGCUGCUAAGAAACUAAGAAGAGCACAGUUGUCUCAGGAAAUGUGUGAAAGGCUGAGGCGCUAUCAGAUCACUACCUGUCAGGAGUUCUUAUGUCUUUCCCUCUUGGAGCUAAUGAAAGUGACGGGACAGAGCUACUAUGAGGUGCAGAAGCUUCUUUGUAAAGUCAGCCGAGCUUGUGCUCCCAGAAUGCAGACCGCUUAUGAAAUGAAACUAAGGAAGUCUGGUAAUCCUUCUUCAGCCUUUUUAUCAACCACACUUCAUAGUUUGGAUAGGAUCCUGCAUGGUGGAGUGCCUUGUGGAUCCCUCACAGAGAUAACUAGCCCACCAGGUUGUGGAAAAACUCAAUUUUGUAUUAUGUUGAGUGUUCUGGCUACACUGCCUAUAAGCAUGGGAGGACUAGAUGGGGCUGUUAUAUACAUCGACACGGAGUCUGCAUUCAGUGCUGAAAGGUUGAUUGAGAUGGCAGCGAAGAGAUUCCCUGCUUAUUUUGACUCAGAUGAAAAGCUGCUCUGCAUGACCCGUAGCAUCCACCUGUACCGAGAGCUCACCUGUUGCAGUGUACUGAAGAGGAUUAUGUCUUUGGAAGAAGAAGUUAUUUCAAAGAAAGUUAAACUUAUAAUAAUUGACUCUGUUGCUUCAGUUGUCAGAAAGGAGUUUGAUACAAAACUCCAGGGCAAUCUGGCAGAGAGAAGUAACUUUUUGACUAGAGGAGCAUCAGUGCUUAAGUAUUUGGCAGAGGAGUUCUCAAUACCAGUUAUCUUGACGAAUCAGAUUACCACAUCUCUGAGCAGUGGCCCUGGGAUCCGGGCAGACCUGGUGUCUCCAGCUGAUGAUUUGUCCCUGUCUGAAGGAUCUUCUGUGAGUGGGAAGAGGGAUUCUGGUUGUGUGACAGCAGCCCUUGGCAACACGUGGAGUCACAGCGUCAACACCAGGCUCAUACUGCAAUACCAUGACUUGCCAACAAGACAGCUCCUGGUUGCUAAAUCCCCUGUCGCUCCAUUCUCCACUUUCUUCUACACCAUUGAGAAAUCGGGCUUGGUUCUUCAGGACCGAAAGGAUCAAACAAAUUUAGUUUGGGAAGGAACCAAUCCUGCCCUGCAGCCCAUACGAGUGAGAAGCAGUGCCUUGAAAGAUACUUCACAUGAUGCUGCUUUACCCAGCACUACUGGUGAGACUUCAAGAAAUACAUCAAAUCUAUAGAAAGGACAAAUGAAACCUCCCCAAAGACUGAAUGAAUGAUGACACUGGUUUUCAAAAAUCUGGUGAAGCAGAGAGAGAACAUUCUUCGUCUUCUUCUUCUUUUGUCUCUUCAAAGACUAAUGUCAAAACCAAGUGCUGUUCUUUGUAUGUGUGGGGCCAUACUUAACUCUGAACUUACGAAAAACCUGUCUUUAGGUUAAGUGACUUAAUAAUUAAAGCCUCUGAACAACAUACAUGGUGCUGAAGAAGCGUAAGCCACAUGUGCCUUCCUAAUUCACCUCAUCAGUUUGGAGGAACCAACGGCCAAGCACAGGAGUGUCCACAGCCCAAAACACAGUGAAACAUUCACUUUUUAUUUUAAGAGAAUGAUAAGCCCACUCAGUGGCUUGAUAACGAAGCAAUAGUACAGUAAGAACUUAUUCCUGUAACUCAUUUGGAAAUCAUCAGAGAUGAUGUAAGAGUUACAAAUAGCUGGGCACUGUUCAGAAUGUUAGGAGAACAGGUAGCAAUCUAAACUGUGAGAAGAUCAAUGUGUAUUACAGCUGCUCAGCUUUCUCUGCCUUCAAAGCACUUCUGAAGUAUUCACAACAUGACUGCAAAUCACAGAACUAUUUACUCACCUUAGAGACUUAGAGAAUGUAUGACCUUCUCAAGGCCUCUAAAAGCAUCACUGGCUGUGCUGUGAUCAGGAUCUGGUUGUUGCUGGCUCUCAAGCCUACAGAAAAGCCAUGGGUUCAGUUAGUGCCGCUUCAUGGUCACCACUUGCCUGGUUCCAUCCUCUGCUGUCCCUGAGCACUCUCUUGAUAAGCAGAGAAACCUGUACAGAAAUAUGAGGGGUCUGGAGUACUGCCGAAGUGGCUGUAGGUAACCCAGCAAGGAAAUGAGCUGCAGUGAGGCCACCUCAGGCAGCCAGGCAGGCAGGUUGCCAUCUGCUGUUUGCUGUUGCUGUUUGGGGGUGAUGAGAAUGCUCCUGGGAGCACGUGGUCCCUAAUAAAAAAUAUUGCACACCCUGAAGUGUAGCAGUGGCAGAGAUGUGGAAGCUGAUGUUGCAUCACUCCCAGCCACCAGACAGGAUGGCAUGGAGAGGGCAUCUCUGCAGCUAUCUGCUUGCACACCUGCUCACACAGCUUUGGGCUCUCCUUUAACAAGGAAGUUUCCAUCACUACAAAGAAGUUACUGCAUUUCAAUAAGCUACUUCUAAAAGUAAUAUAUUUCACCCUAGGGAAGUGCAAUUUUCCAGCUUCAGUGUUACAAGUUUUGUGCUUUGAAGAGACGUUUGUAACAUGUAAUUUUAAUUUUGUUUUAGCUAAGAUUUGGAUUUUCUUCUUGACAGUGCUGCACUACCGGCCACUCAAACCCUGCUUAACUUGCUUGUAGCCAUUUUAUCUGAGUAUCUUGUAAAUAUUUGGUAGAACACUCAGACAGAGAAGUGUUUUUUGCUCUUACAGUCACAUGCCUGGUUCCAGGACCUUUAAGAAUUACAAAAGACUGAAGGCAGGGAAAAUUCCACUGAGCUGCAUUCAAGUCUCCAGGGAGCAACUACACUCUGUUUAGACUAAAAUUUCUCAUUGCUGUCUCUCCCUAUUUAAAAAAAAAGUAGAAAGAUUGAGAGGGGAAGCUAGAGGGUUUCAUUAUUAUAAACACCAGAAUGCAAGCACUAUUUUCACUUAUUUCUCUCAUAUUGUGGAGCCAUUUGCAGUUAGAGAGGGAGAUAAGCUUUUCAGUGCUCUCUGGACUACCUGGGAAAUUUCCAUCAAGUUCUAAAAUGUUUUACAAACAUUAGUGAAUUAAAGUUUAAUUCCCUUCUUCUCAUCCCCAUGAAGCUAGUACAGUAUAAAAACAGGGCUAAUGAGACCAAGGUAGUUGUGCUUUGCUGAAGUCACAGGGACAGCAUGGUAAGAGAACUUGGGUCUUUGAGUCCCAGCUUUUCGUCUUACACUACAAACAACACAUAUUCCCUCCCUUUCCAAGGCUUGCCAUAUUUCCCUUGCUAGGAUAUAGUGAAAACAUUCUGGCCUCACACCUUGAGACAACCUUGGAUUUCCCCCCUUGCUCACAACUGCUGUCCCAUGGAAUUAAGAUGUUGAAAAGAUCAAAGAGGAAUGUGAUAUGGGGAGAAAAAAAAAAAUCAAAUCACUGCUCUGUCUGCCUUGGGUGUGUUCUGCCUCCACUGCUGCCAGUGGAGCUGGUGUUACGUUGGGAGCGACCUCAAACACGUUUGUAUGUAAUUCCAUAUAAUAUUCAGGCAGAACUGUAGUAAAAAUGCCAUAAUCAACAAGAGAGCUUGGCUGACAAGUAAAUUGGACAGAUGAGCCAGUAAGUCACUCCUGUAUUGAAUAUAUGUAAUUUCAUUAUCCUUCUGUAUGUGACCUGCAUUUCUUACUGCUUAUUAUUAUUAGCAUCCUGUAACUACAACUGCAGCCAUCUCUUUCACCUCUUCAGAAGAGGAGGAUAAUCCAUCAGCCAGUUCUUCUCCAGUGGUAUGAGUGAGAUUUUUACCACAGGAAUGAUCAGUUGAAGAGAGCUGUUCCCAGCAGGGCCAAACAAAAAGCAAUGUGCACAUGAGUAAUGAAGUGGAAGAGAAGGAAACAAAUCUAUAAAGUCCUUAAAGUAUUUCCCCCUUAACUUCCCUUGUUCACACUGAUAGAUAACCAGACAUGCAAAGCUGGAUGCAUAUUGACAGUGACCAGUGUAAGCAGGACUGAGAGCUUCUCCCACUGUGCAAACAAGCCUGAAGUCAGUCAGCUACCAAACGAGAUCAGCAUGUACCAGCUAUUCCAGCCCUUGCAGAUGAGAGAUAUCUGGAGGAAAAGCAGUCCUCCUGUCUCUUGUCACCUUACAACAUACCCUAGCACUAGAACCUUUGGCCUCUUAACACUGUUACCUUUCGUGACAAGGCUCCAGCACUGGUCCUUGGGUAGGCUGCUUCUCUAGCACACUUCCCUGCACAGGAUCCAAACUCAGUGCAAAUGCUGUGCACAGUGCUCAUUUCAUUCGCUGCUGAAAGGCAGCCAGGCCUGAGGUGGAACAUGGCAAGCGCUUCGCCGCACCUGGCAACUCCACACAGCUGCUGAAAACAAGCAAGGAAGAAAGCCGUGUACAAAUGCAGGGGAAUUUUCACAUAGGCAGGAUGUAAUUAGCAGAGCUGGAAUUUGGCCAGGACACUGGGGUUAAAACACUGGCUUGCAGGUAACACACUGGGGUCUUUCAUAAUUCAAAUGCUCAGGAUCUCCCAUUUCCAUUUUACCUGGAAGAUGUCAGAGGACUGUUCCCUAUUUAAUGGUCAUGGGCAGCUCUCGAACAUCUGACAAAGGAAGAAGUGUCUAAAUGGUGCUGCACCUGCAGAGCUUCUCUGCCAGCAACUGCCCACCAUGAACAACAGCUGAAAGGAUCACAUCCUGACAGGACCACGGCUGCACUGCUGUAAAACACACCUUCAUGCCUUGGGGUUCACUUCACCCACAAACCUCAUUACUCAGUUUUUUGGCCCCAAAUCCAUUUCAAACAGUAAGAGAAGAUGAUAAAAUGAGGGCAGCACCUUACACAUAAAACAUAAGAUAGAGAAUAUUACUAAUAAGUGUUGCUUCAACCUUAUUCUGUGCCAUUUGAAAUAAUACCAGAUAGCUAUUGGACAAGAGAGAAUUUAGAUGAAGCACUUUCCCCCAGUGUAGAUGAGAGAGCUUUUCCAACUGGCCUUGCCGGCAACACACAGAGCGUGAAGAGCUUUUGCCACCUUCUUCCUUCCAGCAGGGAAAACAUGUUCAAAGCAGCAAAACAUUUUUUUCCACUUCAUGAUCUCACUUUCUGUAUAGGCAAUUUUUCUGUUUACUAUGAGGAUGUUGAAUGUCCACAAAAGACCGGGGAAGUCGUUCAUGAACCUCACAUGUAUAAAGUCUGCAUGAUGUUUCUACCAUGAUGUGGCCCACAGUCUGAAAUAUAAAUAAUUGAAAACCUCUAACCCCUUGUCAAUCAGACCUUCAGACAUGUGCAGUCAAAGAGCUGACUUCCCCUGUGGAGUGCAGUGUGUGCAAACAAAAUAAGAAGUGUUCCUGCCAUCUGAAAAAGCAUAUUCUCUGCAUCAGUAAGUCAUAAAAAAGGGACCCCUCUACCUUUGAGCUUACCAUACCAGCCUUUGGUUUACUAGGGAAGGAGGAGGGGGCAUCCCAGGCUGCCAUGCAAGCCCCCUCUUUGUCAAGUGUUGUUUAAUACAACCACCAACCAAACUUGAUGAGAGUACCUCAGUCAGUGGGACAACAAACCUACAGACAGCCUCCAGUGGCAAAAUGCACUGGGGAGAGUAAAGAACGGGCAGCUGCAGGCAACAGGAAAUCCAGCACUAAUAAAUAAAAUGUCUUAUAGCCAGAAAGAGGAAAUAAACAGCAGCAGCACAAACUGAGAGGACAGAAGAGAGCAUAACUGUGGCAUGGGAAUCACUGGGUUACAGUGAGCUUAUUUUUACAGAACGUUGUCCCGGUUUGCUAUGUGUUCAGACUGCAAAAAAAGUGGGGGAGUGGGGGGACUGCUCAAAGAGAGGGUCUCUAUCAGAAGUUGUCAACAACCACUGUAAUUAAGGAAGCAGCCAGAGCACACACAACCAGAGCUGCUGCCAAACUGAAAUGAAAGCAUUUUUUGUUUUCAGCUGUAGCCCCAAAGGAUAAUAAAAGAUGGUUCUACCAUGCCAAGUGAGGAGCUGCAGGGACACCAUUUCUUGAUGGCCCUCCUCCCAUCUUUCCAAAAUUAUACACUGUGGGGAAGCAGCGAGUUACUGUUCCUAAGUGUGCUUUCAAAGCCUGUGCCCGCACACCCCAUCGGACUGCAGCCACCUGGGAAGGCUGGCCACAAGACAGGUGGGUCCUCAACCACCAUGGUGACAAUGGAGGUGGCACCAGCUGAGCUCUUCCCCCAGCCAGUGGGCUGUUCUGGCACUGCUUGGUUCAGAUUACUGGAGCUGCAACACUGGAUUUUCUCCCCUUGCCCUCAGCUAUAGGUUUCACCAUGGCCCCAUAGCAUUGCCACCACCAGUGGGAUCUGUCACAUUCAGAGCCACACGCCACUUUCUUCCUGAGGACAGCUGCAUUUAGGGGGCUCACUGGUGCCUUGGCAAGGAUUUUUGUUGGUGGCACACCAGCACCGUGCUCUUCUUGCUGCUGACAGCACAGGGGGCCUGCGCCCAUGCAGCAGCAGGUGCUGGGGAGUAGCACAUGGGCUGGCA